CCCAGCGUGCGCUGGAAGCACUCUGCUGAAGAGCCAGGGGCAAUCGCGUAAUUUAAAAAAAUGAAUAUACCCUUCUGGGGAAACUAGAAGUUCCAAAACCUAGAUUUCGCGGUUUCCCUCUAAAUUCAUGGCGCUUCCAUAUCUUUUGCUAGGGUUUUAUAUUUGAAUUGACAGGGAUUCGCAGUGACACACGACUUCCCUCUCUCCUCCUCUUUCUCGAAUCGUCUUCGAUCUUCCCUUUUUUUUCUUAACCUCGUUCGAGUUUUCAUUCAGUUUCUCCCAGUUUCUAUCUGACAUUUGGUUUUCUCGGCAAGUUUGUGUGGAAAUGGCGGUAAAUCUGACGGAGGGAGGGAUUGAGAUACUGGCUAAUCAGGAUGCGCAGGCGACGGAUGUGAAGCCGGUGCUGCAGGUGGCGGACAUCAGGCUGGUGAACACGCAGCAGCCAAGCACCAAAGAGCGAUACAGGUUGUUACUCUCCGACGGGAAUCAUCUGAUGCAGGGAAUGCUUACCACGGAGAAGAACGAGUUGGUGAAGGCAGGAAAGUUGCAGAAGGGUUCUGUUGUUCAGUUGACACAGUUCGUCUGCAAUGUCAUACAAAGCCGGAGGAUUGUCAUUAUAAUUGAUUUGGAUCUUAUACUGGAAAAGUGUGAGACUAUUGGAGAACCAAAACAAUAUGGACCAGGUGGCACUUCUGGUGGUCCUGUCGCAGCUUCAAGAUCUUCUGCACCAUUGCAGCCUUCCAUGGAUCAGUCAGGGCCAUCUGGGAAUCCUCAAUCAUUAAAUGGUCAUCCACAAUUUAAUAAAAUGAAUGUAGGUGGAGGUGUUCCUAUACAACACUCUACAAUGGACCACAUUGGAGCUUCUCCUGUUUAUGGUGGGUCUUUUGCUGGCAAUUCAGACUCAGGACGAUAUGUUGCAACACAUGCAUCAACUUUGCACCCAAAGAUGGAGUCAGGUGCUGGGAUUCCUCGGUCAUAUGGUGAUCAGAAUAUUGGUUUUCGUAACCCUAAGCCAGAAGCUUCACAGGGUGUUGGUACUUAUGCUCGAAUGCCUCGGCCAACAUACCAGCAGCCACCUCCAAUGUACACAAAUAGAGGACCUGUAGCUAAGAAUGAAGCUCCCCCCAGGAUAAUUCCAAUUGCUGCCUUGAAUCCUUACCAGGGCAGGUGGACAAUUAAGGCAAGAGUAACUGCAAAAGGGGAGCUGAGGCACUACAAUAAUCCUCGAGGAGAUGGUAAAGUAUUUUCAUUUGAUCUUCUUGAUUCUGAUGGUGGGGAAAUUCGGGUAACCUGCUUCAAUGUUGUCGCUGACCAGUUCUACAACCAGAUCGAGGCUGGUAAAGUGUACUUGAUUUCCAAGGGAAGUCUGAAACCUGCUCAGAAGAAUUUUAACCAUCUUUCUAAUGAGUAUGAAAUACACUUGGAGGCAACUUCAACAGUGCAGCCUUGCUAUGAGGAUGACAGCUUAAUUCCACGGCAGCAAUUUCAUUUUCGCCCCAUCAGUGAUGUUGAGGGCAUGGCAAACAAUAAUGUUGUGGAUGUGAUUGGUGUCGUGUCUUCAAUCAGUCCCUCAGCUACAAUAAUGAGGAAAAAUGGUACUGAAACUCAGAAGAGAUCCCUCCAAUUGAAGGACAUGUCUGGCCGAAGUGUUGAAUUAACUCUGUGGGGAAGUUUUUGUGAUGCAGAAGGGCAAAGAAUGCAAAAUAUGUGCGAUUCUGGAGUUUUUCCUGUCUUGGCAGUGAAGUCUGGCCGAGUUAAUGAUUUUAAUGGAAAGGCUGUAGGCACUAUUUCUACGAGCCAGCUGUUCAUAGAACCAGACUUUCCAGAGGCUCAUAAGCUGAGGGAAUGGUUUAACAGUGAAGGGUGUAACACCCCUACUGUCUCGAUUUCCAGGGAAUUUGUGAGUACGGGCAGGACAGAUGCUCGAAAGACCCUAUCUCAAAUCAAAGAUGAGAAGCUAGGAACUUCAGAGAAGCCAGAUUGGAUCACAGUUAGUGCAACUAUUACAUUUGUAAAGACUGAAAAUUUUUGCUAUACAGCCUGCCCCAUUAUGAUAGGGGAUCGCCAAUGCAACAAAAAGGUUACAAACAAUGGAGAUGGGAAGUGGCGGUGUGAUAGGUGUGAUCAGUCUGUCGAUGAGUGUGAUUACAGGUACAUUCUCCAGUUCCAGAUAACUGAUCAUACAAGCUGCACCUGGGUAACUGCUUUUCAGGAGAGUGGUGAAGAGAUCAUGGGUAUAUCUGCAAAAGAUUUGUAUCAUUUGAAAUGUGAAGAACAAGAUGAUGAGAUUGCAGAAAUCAUGAAUAGGGUUCGUUUUUCUCAAUAUAUAUUUAAAUUGAAAGUGAAGGAAGAGGUAUUCAGUGAUGAACAACGAGUGAAGUCGACAGUGGUUAAAGCAGAGAAAAUAAAUUUCAUAUCUGAGCCCAGAUUUCUUUUGGAUUUGAUGGAUAAGCUUAAAGGAGAGGACUCUGGUUCUUUAGCCGCAAAGGAAGGAAUUGCAAUUCCAGCCUCUGGCAUAAGCAAUGCUGGCUUUGGGAACGUUGGAAUCAGACAAAGUGGAUCUCCUACUGUGAACUACAUUGGAAACAGCAGCAGUGUGCGUAGGGAAAUGGUGAUACCAGCAAACCAAGUGGGUCAGCAUGGAAAUCAGUAUUGUAGUUCUAGACUUCCUGCAUCUAGUUCUGCUGGUGUGUAUGUUAGCUGUAACAGCUGUGGUGGCACAGGACAUAGCUCUUCAAACUGCCCAAGUGUAAUGAAUGGUCUUGGACAUUCAACAGCAGGGGACUACGGCAGUAGGAUGUCUUCUGGUGCAGGUGGAGGUGCAGGUGGUGCGUCUGGUGAGUGCUUCAAAUGCCAUCAGUUUGGGCAUUGGGCUAGAGACUGCCCAGGGUUGAUGAAUGCUCCUCCAGUUUAUGGAAGCAGUGGUGCUAACACAGGGAGAUAUGGGGGCGUUUCAAAGCAACAAGUAGGUGGAUUUUGAGUAAAAACAAUGUUUUUGUGAAUAUCAUGGGCCAGGUGAUGAGUUAGGCUAGCGAAGAAUGCCUUUCAUGGGUAGUUGGGUUUCUUCUGUAUCAGAGGGUUGUAAACAGUUUCUUGCAGAUGACAUGGCCUGUGUCAUGGAGCCAAACUUUUGCUAAAUGAUGUGCAAGCAAUUGUGCACGAGUGUUUUAUGGAUUCCAGUUUAGUGUAGUCCUGAACGAACUGGGGUUGGGUAUGGUACUCAAAUGCCUUCCUCGUUCCUGUAAUAUAUGCGUCUCUGGUUUUGGUGUUAAAUUUUUUUAUUUGAUUUAAAUAUUGCCAUACCUGAGGCUUUCCAUUCAGAAUAUUUUAUUCACUUAUUUGUCCUUCA